AUGUCUCCGAAGAAGAGGAAGCCUGGGCCGGCCACAUCGACAUCCGACAGCUCGGAAGGAGGCAGAAAACCGGACGACGGUGGCACGGAAGCCUUCGCUGCAAAGAAGAAGUUGAAACUGGAUGAUUCUCGAACCCAGAGCUUGGCCGAGUCGGUGAAGGAAGCCCGCUUGAGCGCGGGGGCGUCGGUCGUGGAGUUCCCGUACAACAAGAGGCGCGUCCGGUUGAUCUCUCCGGCUCCCGAUCUGAAAGAGGGCGCGCGGGGGAUCUUGUACUGGAUGUCCCGCGAUCAGAGGGUUCAAGAUAAUUGGGCUUUCCUUUACGCCCAGCGCCUGGCGUUAAAACAGCGCCUCCCGCUACAUGUUUGCUUCUGCCUGGUGCCCAAAUUCCUGGAUGCCACCAUCCGCCACUUCGGUUUUAUGCUCAGAGGCCUGGAGGAAGUUGCUGAGGAGUGUCAACUCCUCGACAUCCCUUUCCACUUGCUGGUCGGUUUCGCGAAAGACACGCUGCCUCGCUUUGUGACCCAACACGUCAUUGGCGGGGUAGUGACAGAUUUCUCCCCGCUCCGUGUUCCCAUGCAGUGGGUUCGAGACAUCCAGGAACGGCUGCCGAGCGAUGUGCCUCUUGCUCAGCCCAUCAACUGGGAGGCCUGCUACUCCAGCUUGGAAGUGGAUCGCUCUGUGAAGGAGGUGGAGUGGGCCACGCCAGGAUCCUCCUUUGGCUUGAAGGUGCUGGAAGAGUUUGUGAAGGACAGGCUGAAGUCCUUUGGCUCGGACCGAAACAACCCCAACCGGCCAGCCCUGAGCAACCUCUCUCCCUGGUUCCACUUUGGUCAGGUGGCUGUGCAACGAGCCAUUUUGGAGGUACGUAAACAUCGCGCCAGGUACAAAGAGUCCGUGGAAGGUUUCAUCGAGGAGGCCGUGGUGCGUCGGGAGCUGGCGGACAACUUCUGUUUCUACAACCCCAACUACGACAAGGUUGAAGGUGCUUACGACUGGGCCAAGACCACACUGAAGCUCCAUGCCAAGGACAAGAGGAGCCACUUACAACAGGCCUCUGAUCUUGGCCCCCUUCCUCCAGCUGUGGGGUACUCCCAACACCCCCUGAUCUAG